AUCAAACUAAAUAGAUGACGUGGGCGCAAGGGUCCUUCUGACUUCCGGGUGUGUACAAACAGAGAGAAGACGGAGUCGCCUCGUCCCAAAAAUGUCUAAAGUAACGUUUAAAAUCACCCUGACGUCGGACCCCCGGCUUCCAUACAAAGUAUUAAGUGUCCCCGAAAGCACACCAUUCACCGCUGUUUUGAAGUUUGCUGCUGAGGAGUUCAAAGUGCCAUCAGCAACCAGUGCAAUAAUAACAAAUGAUGGAAUAGGAAUUAACCCGGCCCAGACAGCAGGCAAUGUUUUUCUUAAACAUGGCUCAGAGCUCCGCAUCAUUCCCAGAGAUAGAGUGGGAGGCCGAGGAGACUGAUGCUCCGGCUCCUGGUUGACGGCAAAGUGACUCACCCGGCAGGAUCGUAUAACACUCGAGACCCAGGAAACACCUCGGCGUGUGUCACGUUUAUCUUCUGGCCCACAACUGACGGUGACUCACAAGAGAGAAUAUGCAUAUUUCAAACUUGGAAGGUGAAAUGCACACGGAAUUGCAUGCAACCUGCUUCUUUAUUCAAUUAGUGUAAUUGAAUUAAAAAGAUUGGCGUGACAUCUAGAGUU